AUGUCAUCAGAACCAGCCCAGAUCACCAUCAACGGAGCCACCUUCUCCAGAUACGAAUGCCAGGUCGCCUGUGCGAUCAAGCUCUGGAUCAAGAACGCCAACAGCGCCGUUCCCAGCGACGAGACCCUCGGCUACAUUGUCAACUCUCUGCGCGGAAAGGUGAAUGGAACAGCCAUGCCCUGCCAGAACAUCAUGCCCCAGAUCCAGCGCCAUUCCCAAGAGGGGGUGAGGUCGAUCUAUAUGAGCGUGUACGUCAACAAAUCGUAUUGGAACAGGGAAGCGAGUAGGGUAUACUACGCGUGGUUGAAGCAGAACGACAAUAUUGUGAAGAGAUUGAAAGCUACAGGUGCCCUCGCGCCAUUCCUCAACCCAGAUGGCACUCUGAAGACUCAGGCUUCCUCCACGUCUUCCUCUUCGGGUUCCUCUUCCAAUACUCCAAAAUAG